CGGGUAGUCAUUCAGAAUCUAACGUUAGGGAACUCGAUUCUGCUACGAAUCAUAAAUCUGGUGGUGAUGUGAGAGAGGAGGAUGCGAAUGGGGGUAUUAUGGGAAUAGUUGGGAAUCUAGGGCGAGGAAAUAAAUUAGGGGAUAGUAAGAGAGGGGUGAAGAAGAAUGACAGUAAGUGGUGUGAUAUGGGUGGAUUGGAUAUGGAUAUGUUGCGGGAUUUGAAUAGGGAGGUGGUUGCGCCGAUGCUCCAGUCGGAGAUACUGCGUAAGUUUGGAAGCACCGCAGUUCUGUUACAAGGGCCACGGGGCUGUGGGAAAACCAUGUUGGCUCGAGCCAUUGGCAAUGAGGCUCGAGUGCCGUUUUAUGAAACAUCUGCAGCUGCGUUAAAGGCUGGCGUUUCUGGUAUCCUAGAGUUGUUCCCGAGCAUACAAGAGUGCACCAUCUAUUGUGUUCAUUGAUGAAAUUGAUGCAUUGACUUCAGAAACGGAUAGCUUGUUGCAGUGCCCGGUAAAAUAUUUGAUCGCUUGCAUGGAUCUUGAAAGAUCGAAUAUUGGACCUGGUAGCUAUGUGCUGACGAUUGGAGCAACCAAUAAGCCUAAUGCUCUUGACCUUGCCUUAAGGCAGCGGUUUGAUCGUGAAUUUGUUUUAGAUGUUCCAAGAGAAAAUGAACGGCAUGACAUACUAUCAGUUCUAACACGUAAUCACAAGGUUGAAGUUUGUUUUGAUAUCCGGAAGUUAGCUAGGUGGACUCAGGGUUUUGUAGCAGGAGAUUUGGCAGAACUAGUAAAUAAGGCUCGCGUGGGUGCUUUAAAUGACGCCAUUAGCUCGAGAGCUCACGAAAUGAGUUUUAAGGAUGGGUAUGAAGCAUAUGGAAAACCAUUUUCAGAUGAAGAAUUGGAAGGACUCAGAUUAACCUUGUUCAAUUUUUAUGUAAUUCUAUUCUUUUACUCCCUUCAAAUUGGUGAAAAAAAGAACAGAAUUAGUUUAUAAGUUCCCUCUCCCUUUUGUUUCUUAUUUUUGUUUUCUAAAAUGAGUUUUUUCUUUUUCAUUAAAAAAAAACUAUAUGUACGGACCUCUGAACCCCUUUUCUUUUGCUUUAUUUGACAAAAGUAAGACAUUUCUCUCAA